AUUCGCUUUUGUGAUUUCGAUUUGCAAGUGUGCUCGUCGCGUUGUGAAAUGUAAGCGCAUUCGGUGAAAUAACAGUGAAAAUAUACGGGAUUUCGUAUUCGAUUUAUAAUUUCCUCGAAUACCUGUGCAUAAACAUUCGUUUCGGAUUCCUUCGAAAAAAGAAUUUCUAAUAAACAUUCGACGGAACAAUGUCAUCGCGAUUGAAUUUGGUUCGUGCGUUCCUCAACAAGACGGGACAGUCCGGCGAUGGCGACCAUUCCCAGAGCCUUUCUUCAGGCGAUGGCGAAAGUUCAAAGCCGCUUUCCGCUGGUGAAGCUCCCAGCGAGGGGCUGGACAGUGGCUUCCAGACGCGUACCCCGGAGAGUACUCCGACCACACAUCGUAAGGGCAUCGGGCGUGGUCAGCUGACAUCGGACCCUAGCAAUACCAUCGGAACGAUUACCACUUCAUCCGGAGCGGACUCGUCGGAAUCGGACAAACAGUCGAGCAUUACAUCAGCCAUGCCUUCUUUGAGUGGCCGUGGACGAGCCCAGUUCAUACAGACACUGAUCCGUCAACCACUCGAACAAGCUCCAACUGUGGCAUCGGAUGAUGUUUCGUUGGUUUCUGCGAGAGUGUCGCAAAUUGGUUUCGGAAGAGGACGAUUCAUUCAGCAGCUGUUGAAUACGGUUGCCGACAGCGAGAGCAGUGAAGUGGCAUCCAGUGUCACCAAGCGCGAUGAUAUUUCGGAAAAGAUGUCUCAAACAACGACCAGCGUAACCGGAACUGUUGAACUCGCGGACAAGACUCCUGUCAUCAAGAUGGGAACUCAUGGAACACCGGUCCAGUUGUUGACGAACUACAUUCGCCUUGCGUGUGAUCCGGAUCGUGGACUCUUCGAAUACGAAGUACGUUUCAGCCCGCUGGUGGACUCGAAAUCAAUCCGGGCCCGUUACAUCGCGCAACAUAAGGAGGUUCUAGGAAACGCCAAAACCUUCGACGGAGUUAAAUUGUUCCUUCCGAAAAAACUCCCGGACGAGGAAAUCAUUCUGCAAUCGCAGAAUCCUGUCGAUGGCCACGAAGUGACCAUCAAAAUCCUGUACAAACGCAAGCAACGGAUGAGCGAGAACAUUCAGUUCUACAACAUUCUCUUCCAGCGCAUUAUGAAGGUGCUCAAAAUGAUCGAAAUGGGCCGCAAGAACUUUGACCCCUCAGCUCCGAAGCUGAUUCCGCAACAUCGGCUGGAGAUUUGGCCCGGUUACGUCAGCGCAGUAGAUGAGUACGAAGGAGGCUUGAUGUUGAAUCUGGAUGUGUCCCAUCGGGUGUUGCUUCAGACAACGGUCCUGGAUCACAUCCGCACGCUGGCCCGGGUCAAUCCACAAGACUACAAGAACAUGGCCACCAAGUCGCUUCUCGGUGCCGUCAUCUUGACCCGAUACAAUAACAAAACCUACCGCAUCGAUGACAUCCUGUUCGAUCAGAAUCCCACGAUGACGUUCAUGGCCAACGAUAAACCCAUUUCCUACGUGCAGUACUACAAACAGCAGUACAACAUCGACAUUCAUGACCUCAAGCAGCCGCUUCUGAUCAAUCGCAAGGAACGACGCGUAACGGGUCAGGACAAGCCCCAGGAGAUGAUCAUGUGCUUGAUUCCAGAGAUUUGCUACCUCACCGGCCUGACGGACGACAUGCGAAACGACUUCAAGGUGAUGCGGGACAUUGCGGCGUUCACCAGAGUGUCACCGACACAGCGCUUGAACAGCAUGCAUCAAUUUUGUCGCAAUGUCAACGAGAACAAAGAGGCCCGGGAGAUUCUUGAAGUGUGGGGCCUCACGCUGGACAUGGAACCUCUGCUGAUGAAGGGCCGCCUCAUGGCAGAGGAGAAGGUCAAGUUUGGAAAUGCAGAGGUUGGUGUCGGCAAAAGUGGGGAUUUCAACCGAGCUGUCACCAGCAAUAACGUCAUGCAAGCGGUUAAUAUUCGGAACUGGCUGCUGGUUCACACGGUCAAGGAUACGAAAAUCGCCAAGUCGUUUAUGGAUUGCGUCGAAAGGAGCUGUCGACCGAUGGGUAUUCAAAUCGCUCCACCAGCGAUCGAAGUUCUUCCAGCGGAUAGGACUGAAAUGUACGUUCAGCUUCUGCGUACGAAAAUUCGCCAGGAUACGCAGAUCGUUGUCAUCAUUUGUCCCACCUCCCGGGAUGAUCGGUACGCCGCUAUCAAACGUAUUUGCUGUGCCGAAAUUCCGGUUCCGUCCCAGGUCAUCAAUGCCCGAACGCUGAGCAAUGAGGCCAAAAAUCGUGCCAUCGUGCAGAAGAUCAUUCUGCAGAUGAACUGCAAGCUGGGUGGAACGCUCUGGAGCAUUCAUAUUCCGUUCGACCACGUGAUGAUUGCCGGUAUCGAUACCUACCACGAUCCGAAGCAGAAGAGCAAUUCUGUGUCGGCAUUUGUGGCCUCGUUGAAUGGGAGCUACACCAGAUGGUACUCGCGGGCCUGUAUCCAGAGCAAAAAGGAAGAGUUCAUCAACGGAUUGUGUGCGUCGAUGGAAAAGGCACUGAAGGCGUACCAGAAGGCCAACUGUGUGCUGCCAAAGAGGAUCAUCAUUUUCAGAGACGGCGUUGGCGAUGGUCAGCUGAGAAUGUGCUCCGAAUACGAGAUUCCGCAGCUGCAGGAGUCAUGCAAGUUGGUGGAUCCCGACUACAAACCAGAGUUCGUCUUCAUUGUCGUGCAGAAGCGCAUCAAUACUCGAAUGUUCCGCGUGGACGGUCAAAAUUUGGAAAACCCAAAUCCCGGCACCAUUCUCGAUCACACCAUCACCCGCCGGAACCAUUUCGAUUACUUCCUGGUGCCGCAGUCGGUCCGGCAAGGUAGCGUCUCGCCCACUCAUUACAUUGUAGUUCACAACCAGCCCGACCUAGCCCCGGAUAUCCUGCAGCGAUUGAGCUACAAACUGUGCUACCUGUACUAUAACUGGCCGGGAAGUGUUCGAGUUCCCGCCUGCUGUCAGUAUGCCCACAAAAUGGCCUAUUUGAUUGGACAGUCAGUGAAACGGAACCCGGACGAAUCGCUGAAUGACAAACUGUUCUACCUUUAGAUCGUUUUUUUUUGCUUUUUCCAUAUUUAUCAUUUUUACUCAACUUGUUUACUCAGUUCUUUUUUGGCAUUUGAUUUUAUUGAUUGUUAUAACGAACAAACAGUUGAGUGCCUUCCUAAUCGUUACGAGAGACACGAAUCUCAAUUGGAGAUUUCUAAAGCCAAAUAUUAUCAAUGUAAUGAUUUUUCUUUCCUUUGCUUUGAUUCGGUCAGCACAGUUAGUAGGAGUAGCAGCUGGAAACUCUUAGCAAUACCUCACCUGUAAACUUUGACUUUCCGCCAUGUUUGUUCCAGCUAUCAUUCGCUGCUAUCUCGUUUAGUCUGGGAUCCAACAGAAGUAAAAAAGUGAGGUUGGGAGCCGAUUCUUUGUUCAGUUCUUAAUGAUAUUUUUAAAAUGAUUUUCAUAAAUAAAACAAA